AUGGAAGCCCCAUCUUCACCUUCGUCUACCAUCACUGCCCCACCUGACUAUCACAAAACUGCUCGGAGGUUAGCGAAAUUAAUUGCGGUGGCUAUGACCUGCCGCUUUGCCCUCCUGCACUAUGACAGCGCCUCAAAAUCCAUGAUUGAAUGGUGGUGGACUCACAGCAAAUCAGAAGGUCAGUGGCUCCAGACUGAACUAUAUGUUUUAUCAUUCUUACUCAAAGAUCGGGUUUAUCCUGACGAUCUUUGGGAAAUGGUUGGGGAAUGCAGCAUAGAGGCAAAACAAGACGAAACUUUGCGAAGGCAUCAAAGACGCGUCUUGGAGCUCGAUCCAAGCAUGCCAUCAGACCUCCCUCAAGGCAAAUGGUUGCUCUAUCAGACUGUGUACCUCUACCGUGCACGCCUUUGGCCUAUGUGGUUCUUGUUUGUUUAUGUUGAGGGGUAUAUAUACAUCGGAGGAUUGGGCCAGUGUUCCUUGGAGGCAGCCAGUGUGUUCGUAAAAACCCGAUCUGUUGUUGGACGCAUAGUUCUGCAAGAUGUUCCCGUGCCAGAUUGGCCUAGUAGUAACCUCGCCCUCCCCAGUUCAUACUUUCUUUCUGCCAAUGUGAUCUGGGCAUUCAUUAGAAUCUUUCAUAGUUGGAGUCCCCAAGUCCAAGGCUUCUGGAUUAUUGUGCCCCGUCUUGCAGAAGAUUACUCUCCCCAGAAGUCAGCAGCGCAACCUCCUGUUCAUGGUGAUACUUAUCGUCCUUAUUCUAGUGGUCAAGGCUACCGGGAGCCACACGUAUUUGUACAGUCAGAAAUCUAA